AUUCAAAUCGUAACGUGCUAGUAAAUACAAACACAUAGUUAUAUACAUUUGUUUUUUUUAUAAACUCAAAUUAUACGUUUAUUUAAAAUGACGCCCAAGCAUCGCGACAUUGCGCCGUUGCUCAAAAAAUUGCGUGACUUUCUGCUGGGUCGUGUCCAUAAAACUCAUCAUCGCUUUGCGGAUCAGCUUUCACCCAAAACUCCACCAACUGUCAGUCCUCCCGAUAGCUCCGCCUUGCUGUCCGGCAAUCAGUACUUUACACGCGAUGCCAGGCGUGAAGUCAAGCCGGCAAUUGAUUUGAUGCAGACUGAACAGAAGCAACUCGCCUCGGCUCAGAAGGCAGCUGAGCAGCCGCCAGCAAAGGAUGCGCCAGCGCCGGCGCCAGAGCAGCCAAGCAAGGACUCUGACGAGUGCAAGCCCAAGAAGUCCAGGAAUAAACCAAUUCUUGGUAAAGUUCACAUGUGGGACUAACAAGCUUAGAUUCAAACAAAGAUUUGCAUAUUUGUUAGCAUUUAUUAAAAUAGAAUUAAAUAAUUGUCU